CUACUCUCUCCACAUCAUGUUGCGCUUCCUGGUGUUUGCUUCCCUGGUCCUGUAUGGACACAGUACCGAGGACUUUCCGGAAACUAAUGCCCGCGUGGUUGGAGGGGCUGAAGCCCGGAGAAACUCUUGGCCGUCUCAGAUUUCCCUCCAGUACCGGUCCGGAAGCUCAUGGUACCACACCUGUGGAGGGACCCUCAUCCGACGCAACUGGGUGAUGACUGCUGCUCACUGUGUGGACGGCCAGAUGACUUUCCGAGUGGUCGUCGGAGAUCACAACCUCAGCCAGAAUGACGGCACUGAGCAGUAUGUGAGUGUACAGAAGAUCGUGGUGCACCCCAACUGGAACAAGAACAACGUGGCUGCAGGCUAUGAUAUCGCCCUGCUGCGCUUGGCCCAGAGUGUUACACUCAAUAGCUAUGUCCAGCUGGCUGCUCUGCCCCAGGAGGGAACCAUCUUGGCUAACAACACUCCCUGCUACAUCACAGGCUGGGGGAAAACCAGAACCAACGGGCAGCUGUCCCAGACCCUGCAGCAGGCAUACCUGCCCAGCGUGGACUACAGCAUCUGCUCCAGCUCCUCCUACUGGGGCUCCACAGUGAAGAGGACAAUGGUGUGCGCUGGUGGAGACGGAGUCCGCUCCGGAUGCCAGGGUGAUUCUGGGGGACCCCUCCAUUGCGUGGUAAACGGCCAGUAUUCUGUCCAUGGAGUGACCAGCUUUGUGUCCAGUAUGGGCUGUAAUGUCUCCAGGAAGCCCACAGUCUUCACCCGAGUCUCUGCUUAUAUUUCCUGGAUGAAUAACGUUAUUGCCUCCAACUGAGCGUUUUCCUGAGUCCAACGGCCUCCCUAAGAUGGUUCUUAGCUCUGCAGUAAGACCUGAAGUAAACAAGGAGUUAGGCUGGGGUUAUCACUCAGAGGCAGAGCACUUGUCUAAUAUGUGCAAAGCCCUGGGUUCCAUCCCUAAUACUGCACUGGAGGCAGGGGAGUGCUGCUGGUGUCUCUCUGUGGUAGAUGGCUCUUCUAGCUUGAAGAAGCCCCGGUUGGAUCUCUAGUACCUGGGGCAAAGUGGAGGUAAUGAAAAACAACUCUGAGACUAUUGAACCAGAUACAGAAAGGCAAUUAAAACUCAAUGUGCUAUCAUA